GAAGAAAUAUGCUAUGGAGCAGAGCAUUAAGAGCGUCCUGGUGAAGCAAACCAUAGCUCACCAACAGCAGCAGCUUACUAACCUGCAGAUGGCAGCCGUGACUAUGGGCUUUGGAGAUCCUCUCUCACCCUUUCAAUCGGUCAAUAGCAUAUUAAACUAUUUCUUUCUUUGUGCGCAUUUUUUUUUUUGAUGCUAUGACUGAGGGACAUACCAGGCCAGAUAUACAAAGCUGAUGACCAGACAUUUGUCUCAGCAUAUUUCAAAAGUAGACAUGGACUUUUAUUUAUUUAUUUAUUUAUUUAUUUAUUUCCCCUGGGGGUUUUUUUUUUUUGGGUGCAGAGAAUGAUGUGUAUGUGGUUGGUCCCUCAUUUCAUCGCAGGUUGGCAGGUCUCACAUGGCAUUUACAUCUCAGUAGUACUGCGGACUGUAUUUGGGCCCAGGUGUGUAGGUGAGAGAAGGAGUUUGUCAAGGAUAUUUCACUAGCAUCAGGUUUACUCAUGAUCAUCACCCUUUAAAAUGUAUCAACACAUACAGUGAUCGUUAACACAUAGACUCCAUGUCCAACAAGCAUUUGCGUGUGUGUGUUGUGUGCUGGGGAUGUUGCAAAUCCAUGUCUCCUUUGUAAAUAUGCUGUGAUCUGUCAGAGCCAGCUUGGUGGGAUGUAUAAGAAGGCUAGCCAAGAAAAAGCACCCAGCAGCCAAAAAAGAGAGUCACAUAGGUUUAUUUAGGUAGGGAAAUAUUCCUAACGUUUGUAAUUGAAAGAGGGGGAAAAAAACCCUGUGUACAUUAAUUAUUAGGUUAUGUGGUUUGUGCAGAUUCGCCCUUCCUCUUGGAGAAUUCCAGCGUAAGUCCAAAAGCCACCAAAGGAGGCACCUCAGGUUUCAGCUCAUAAUUGUGGUUUUGAUGGCUCAAAGUAAAACCCCUGAGCUCACUGUUAAACAGAAGGGCUUCUCUGCAUCUACUCUAACUCCCCUGGCAUUUAUGCUUAAGUUGUUGCAGCACAGAGGCAGCGAGCUCUCGCCAUCAUGUGCCGCGUCUACGUGGGCUCCAUCUAUUACGAGCUUGGCGAGGACACCAUUCGGCAGGCUUUCGCGCCGUUCGGCCCAAUCAAGAGCAUCGACAUGUCCUGGGACUCCGUCACAAUGAAACACAAGGGCUUUGCCUUUGUGGAGUACGAGGUGCCUGAGGCUGCUCAGCUGGCUCUGGAGCAGAUGAACUCUGUCAUGCUGGGUGGAAGGAACAUUAAGGUGGGGCGGCCAGGUAACAUUGGACAAGCACAGCCCAUCAUUGACCAGCUGGCAGAGGAAGCACGUGCAUACAAUCGCAUCUACGUAGCCUCGGUGCACCCGGACCUGUCCGACGAGGACAUCAAGAGCGUCUUUGAGGCCUUCGGCAAGAUCAAAGCCUGCAUGCUGGCCCGAGAGCACACCACAGGGAAGCACAAAGGCUACUGCUUCAUCGAAUAUGAAAAGCCUCAGUCAGCGGUAGACGCAGUGUCCUCCAUGAACCUGUUUGACUUGGGAGGUCAGUACCUGAGGGUGGGGAAGGCCGUGACCCCACCCAUGCCUCUGCUCACCCCGACGACCCCCGGAGGUUUGCCGCCUGCUGCGGCUGUAGCUGCUGCUGCCGCCACUGCUAAAAUCACAGCCCAGGAGGCUGUUGCAGGGGCAUCCGUGCUGGGCUCGUUGGCGUCUCCCGCUCAGCUCCUCAGCCAGCAGAUGGGACUUCCUCAGGCUGUGCUGGCAGCCCAGGCCCCAGGCUUAAUUACAGGUGUCACACCUGUUCGGCCGACUCUGCCCGUGGUGCCUCAGGUGGGCCUGGUAAACCCCGUGCUGGCGUCACCACCCAUCACAUCCAGUGCCACGUCCACAGGAACACCAACAAGCACAACUCCGCAGCAGCCCGAGGUUAAGAGAGAGGUACAGGACAAGCAGCAGGAGAAAGACGAAGCUCGAGCAGACGCUGUGGAGCAAAGGAGCGUGAACGAGCAGGAGCAGAACAGAAGCAGUGAGGGCAGCCCCACAGUCACACACUCAGGGUCUACAGUAAUGGUGUUGCGCAACAUGGUGGGCCCUGAAGACAUCGACGACGACCUGGAGGGGGAGGUGACCGAGGAAUGCGGGAAGUUCGGCGCCGUAAACCGGGUCAUCAUCUACCAGGAACGUCAGGGCGAAGAAGACGACGCCGAGAUCAUCGUGAAGAUCUUCGUGGAGUUCUCCGACAGUGGCGAAAUGAAUAAGGCCAUCCAGGCCCUGAACAACCGGUGGUUCGCGGGUCGCAAGGUCGUGGCCGAAGUCUACGAUCAGGAGCGUUUCAAUAAAAGCGACCUUUCGGCAUAAGACUGACCAACUCUGUCCACCUGCUCAAACUCGUUCAGCCUCGGUGUCUGCUGCUCGAGUUUUGGGAUUCUUUUAAACUUGUAAUUAUUUUUUUUUUAUUGUGGUCAAUAAUAAUAUUGGGGACAAUCCCAUUGGUGGGAUUUGACUUAGAAAAUAUUUGUGCUUAAUGGAUUUUUUUUUUUUUUUUUUGUCAUCACCUACUGUGAAAAUUUUUUUUUCCUUUUUUUUUUUUUUUUUUAAUGUUUAUUUGCAAAUUGUUUUCUAAUUUGUCUAUUUGGUUGGUUCCAUUGUUCUCUUAUGCUCUGACCCCCACCCCAACCCAUUUUUUUUUAAACAAAAAAAACAAAAUUUUUCCAUCACUAAUGUUCUGUUAAAAUUCUAAACAUUGUAUUGGAGUUAUUUCUUCUGAAUUUACCAAACAAUAAAUUCUUCAAAUAUGC